CUCCUUUGUGUGUUUUUACUGCAACCUUCUGUUACUGGCGUGAACACUCAGACUCUUUCAGACGGACGAAAGCUUAUUGUCCAUCUCCAGUGGAAGUCUGUCUGGUUUCUUCAGAUUGCACUAUGUGGCGUCUUCUAGCUGGGUUUGUGCUUCUGCUGUGUGCUGCAGAUGCCACACCAGUGGCACUUGGUGAGAGCAGAACAGUUCCUGAUUUUGGAAAGAUGUAUCAUGUCAAAGGUGAGCUGAAUUUGCCUCAUUCUGAGCUAAAGGAACCGUUUGAAGUUUGGUACGACCUCGAGGGGAACAGAAGUCGCAUCGACUAUCGUAAUGGUACAGUGCGCACUUUUCUGAUUGGAAACGACUCGGAUUAUGGCGUCAUUUAUCAAAUCACACCAGUCACCACUCGGACUGAAAUUCAAGCUAUUAAAUAUUUCCAGCUUAAAGGUACAAAGGAGGAUCCAAUACGUCCACAGUCAGCACUGCCUGAUCUGCAGGACUUUGAAUUUGAGAAGAUGGAGGAUUGCGCAGGCGUUCAGUGUGAGGUCUGGAAGAAGGUCACACAGGCUGGUCAUAAGAAGAACACAUAUCGUCUGUGGGUCAAACGUCCCGAGGGAAAUGAUUCCCCAGCCGUCCCGUACCACUUUGAGAUGGAGGGCUUCAACACUCUUUUGGAGUUCCACAAUGACAAAUACAUGAUUGACUACAGUGACUUCAGCUCACAAACUGAAUCGGACAUUUUCACACCCCCUGGAGGAAUGACCUAUGUGGAGUUUCCGGAUCCUCCUGAGGAGCAUCAAAUAUUGGCCAAUCCCCUUCAAGACUAUGUCAGCACCUCCCCUGUUAGCCACGCCCACCGAUUGUUCGGCCCCUUUAAGGAGAAGUUUCAGCGUAAGUAUGAAAGUGAGAAGGAGCACGAGGAGCGCGAGAGCUACUUUCUACAUACUCUUCGACUUGUGCACUCUACAAACAGAGCCGGUCUUACAUACAGCCUCGGUAUCAAUCACUUCGCUGAUAGAUCAGAGGCAGAGAAGGCCAGGAUGACAGGAGGUUUAUUAAUUCCAGGUCGGAAAAAGGCUGUUACAAAGUAGUCUUCACACAUUUAUUUGAGUCUGUUGCCAGUGAAUGUUGGUAAACUUUGUCUGAUUAAGUGUCUUUUGAUAAAGUUUGUCAUUAAAGUCUAAAGGUGAAAUAAUUAAGAAUUCACUAUUUUAUCAAGUGACUACUAUACUGUUCAUCAUUUUCAGUUUAUGGUUUGUAGUUGAUCUGUUUAUAAAGUGAUCAUGGUGACAUUGUUUAUCGAACCCCAGAUGUAUUGAAUGCUAAUGAUUAAAAUACUGAUUAAAACAUA